GUCGUAGGUAAAGUGUUGUCAAAAUGGUUGGACACGAUCAUCACCACCAUCACUUAUCUAUGUGUUUCUGUGACUUCAUAAGGUUGCUCUGGUCCCUGGUUCUGCCAUGCGUGUAUUUGAGCUUGUUCUUGACUUUGCUCCUGGUCCUGGUAGUUUUCGGGGUCCGAAUGUGGCUCCAGGGCCGGCGGAAAGCCCGCCUGGCACAGGACAGCUCCCCCACCGUGGCCUUCUUCCACCCAUACUGCAACGCUGGUGGGGGUGGAGAGAGAGUGCUGUGGUGCGCCCUGCGAGUGCUGCAGAACAGAUACCCCAAUGUCAAUUUUGUGGUAUACACUGGUGACCAGGGAGUGAGAGGGGAGCAGAUUCUGGACGGGGCACGGCAGCGCUUCAACAUCUUGCUGCCCCGGCUGGUCACCUUUGUCUUCCUCCGUCACCGUGUGCUGGUGGAGGCCAGCUCCUACCCCCACUUCACACUACUGGGUCAGAGCAUGGGUUCCAUGUUUCUAGGCUGGGAGGCAUUGACGUCCUUUGUCCCAGAUCUCUAUGUGGACUCCAUGGGCUAUGCCUUCACUCUGCCUGUAUUUCGUUAUCUGGGAGCCUGUAAGGUGGCCAGCUACGUCCACUACCCCACCGUGAGCACCGACAUGCUGACUGUGGUCAGAGAGAGGAACCCCAGGUUCAACAAUGCUGACUUCAUCUCCAGUAACCCUUUGCUGAGCGUGGCCAAGGUCCUGUAUUACUGCUGCUUCGCCCUGUUGUAUGGCCUGGCUGGCUCCUGCAGUGACAUCAUCAUGGUGAACUCCACCUGGACUCUGGGCCAUAUCCUGGCCUUGUGGCGCGCCCCGAGUCGCACCAGUGUGGUCUACCCGCCCUGCGAUGUCAGGGCCUUUCUGGAUGUCCCACUGGACGAGGGCGAGGAUGAGGACUGGACGGACGACGGCUGGGAGAAGCUCGGACAGGAACUUGGAAGUGGAGAGGAAAGAGAGGGAGGCGAGGAGAGGAAGUGCCACUCGAUCGUGUCGGUGGGGCAGUUCCGGCCAGAGAAGGACCACAGACUGCAGAUCCGGGCUUUCCGCAACCUGCUUGACAGGAAAGGGGAGGGGCCUGCAGGGUGGGAAUCACUGAUGCUGGUGCUGAUCGGUGGGUGCAGGAAUCAGGAGGAUGAGGAGAGGGUGCAGAUGCUGCGGGGGCUGUGCCAGGAGCUGGGCGUGGCUGACAGGGUGAAGUUCAAACUUAAUUUGCCCUUCGAGGAGUUGAAGAGGGAGCUGGUGGAUGCCACCAUUGGCCUACACACCAUGUGGAAUGAACACUUUGGCAUCGGUGUAGUGGAGUGCAUGGCCGCAGGCACCAUCAUUCUGGCCCACAAGUCUGGUGGUCCUAAGCUGGAUAUCGUGGUGCCAUAUGAGGGUGGGCAGACUGGUUUCCUGGCCGACAGUGAGGACAGCUAUGCCGCAGCCAUGGAGACAAUCCUGGCGCUGCCACCCGCAGCACGGCUGGAGAUCCGACGGAACGCCCGGCGCUCCGUGGAUCGUUUCUCCGACCAGGAGUUUGAAGCCUGUUUCUUGGAUGCCAUGGAGCCUCUGAUGAGGAAGCUGGAGCGAUGAUCAAAGAGACACAAGGCUUAACUCUUCUUUUUUUUUUGGUUGUCUUUUUAAGCUAGCAGCACUAAAACAGAUUUGUCAGGAACAUGACAGAUGUGGCUCUUGCUGUUGCUGAGCUGCUGUUAAAAAGCCCAUUUGAAGCGUCCCGUACAUUUGCUUAAGAUGAUGAAUUAUUUUAAAACUCUCUAGUGCUUUGCUCUUCUCUGGGCAGUGAAAUAAAAUCUACUAUGCUAACAAUAGUGUUGGGAACAUACAGCUUCGCUUCUCGUUCGUUGAGGAAAAAUAUGAAAGCUUGCGCUGUGAACAGAACGUCCUUAAGGAUAAUAAUCCUAAAGCUUGCUUUUUCUUCUUCAGUUACAAUCAAUAAACAAAUACCGGGAAUUUUUAAGUGACUGGGCAGUUGUAUGUCAAAUCAGAUAGCGCGACCCAAAGUUGUAUUUGAUGCUUGUGAACAUUCAACAGGUGCUCGUGUAGCCGUCACUUUGAUGAUUGGGGCUGUGAAGCAACGGGGACCCCUGUGGUCUGUACAGUACUGUAGCAUUGAAGACUUUGAAGCAUUUUCAACCAUCUGCUACAAAACCAAAUCCACAAUCAGAAAUUUAGUUUUUUUUUUUUCCAUUAGGAUUUUUCCGACAUGAAGGAUUUUCUUUUUUUGGGGUGGUGGUGGUCCAUAUCUGUUUGUUCAACAUAUUUAUUCCAUAUUUAAAUUUUCAAGGUAAGCACUUGAAAGCAUAUUGAGGUAGAGCAACAAGUUUGACCAACCACCAGUUUGUAGUUACUGUGUUCUUUCACAUCAUCCAUCGCUGCUUUUUGAUAGGGGGUCAUAGAAAUGAGACCAAAUGUGUAAAAAUAAAAUAAUCUAUUUUGGAGGAGGUACUCAUGAUAUUUAUAGAAUUGUCAUUUAAAAAAAAAAUAAUUCGACUUCGUUUCACAGUGUAUUAAAGCUAAAUUUUUCCUUAUUUAACAACACAGGAUAACUGAAGUUGCCACAUUCUCCUUCUUAUAGCUUAAGCAUACUGCCAGCCUAAGGCAAGAUGUUAGGAAAGUAUAGUGACACUGAUAACAUGAGAUGAGUAUAACAGUAUUGUGAUAUCCUUAAAAAUGGACUUUCUUUUCACAAUCUGUUCUUUCUGCACACUGGUUAAGAAUCACAAUCAGGACAAAAGUUGUAUCAAACCUACACUGAUGCUGAUAGGAAGAAGUGUACAAAAACAAAUUAUUUGCAUGCAGCCUGGGAAGCCGUUAGUUAAAUUUUACUACCCCCCCACCCCCACCCCAUUUAGCUUCGAAGUAUGUCUGCCAGUUACUUUGGCAGGUAACCAACCAUAAUUUAAAGUUCCUUUUUGCAUUCCAAAAAUCUAAGUGGCAAAUUUGAUGGAGGAAUAUGGGGUUUUUCCAGACAGUAUGAACAAAUGAAUCCUUCACUGCUCCCGUGUACAGCAGUGUAUUUACAGAUGGGGGCAUCACUAAAGUUGAGCUAUACAAUAAAGAGUCCAGGAAUAAGAAAUAGAAAAAAACAUUCCAAUUACUACAGUGUGUUACUUAAUGAAAACCAUUAACAAUUUCUGUCUUACUAUGGUCCAGUUCAAUCACAAUAAAGAAUUUCAUAUUAUAAACA